AUGGAUCCUCCACCAGUCCCCGGAUCAAGCUUUACAGAACAACAUAGCAGUCAAGCAACUGCUCCAUCCCGAAGUCAAAGCUUCUCCCAGAAGUCAGACGAGUCCCACACAGCAGCUGAAUUUAUCGAUAGCCAACUUCAACUCGAAGCUGACGCGCGCGAAGCCUUACCCUAUAAAUUCGACAACUGCACAAAAACAUUAGGUCCUCUCCGCCAAGUUCUUUUCUCCUGCCUAACGUGCAACCCUCCUCCGGAGAACCCUUCCGAUCCAUACAAACCAGCCGGCGUGUGUUACUCUUGCUCAAUACAAUGCCACGGCGAACAUACAUUGGUGGAGCUCUUCAAUAAGAGAAACUUCACUUGUGACUGUGGAACAACGCGUCUGCCAGCGACCUCACCCUGCACUCUCCGCAUAAAUCCAGAAACCACUACAAGGGGCGGAGCUCACUCAGAGCUUCCAGACCCAAACAACAAAUAUAACCAGAACUUUAAGAAUCGUUUCUGCGGAUGUGAGUGUGACUAUGAUGCACAUGCACAGAAGGGAACGAUGUUUCAGUGUCUUGGGCUGGGUACGGCCGAUGAGGGUGGAUGUGGCGAAGACUGGUGGCAUCCUGGAUGUAUCGUUGGAAUGGGUCCGGAAUGGUUUGAGCAAAUGAAUCGCACAACUACCCCAAGGAAGCCAAAAAAUGAGGGCCUCCUAGAAUCUAUCACCGAAGUCGCGGAGGAUGUUGUGGAGGGACAUAGCGGAGAAGAUGCAAACGGAACAGAUAACCCUACGGAAACAGCACUCGAAGAGGAUGACGACGACGAUCCACCUCCGCCCCCAGGAUUCCCUGAAGAAGACGAUUUUGAUGGCUUCAUCUGCUACAAAUGUGUUGAUGCAAAUCCAUGGAUCAAGCGAUAUGCAGACACGAAAGGCUUCUUGGGUCCUGUGUUCAGACGAAGCACGGCACCAUCCCCAGAAAGAGGGCUGUUAGCGAAGGUGGAAGAAGCUGUAUCCUCGAGUAUCCUCAGCUCUAAGAAACGCAAAGCUGAUGAUGACGACGAAUCUCAAACGUCUGGGCCAUCAAAGCGGUUGAAGGAUGAGAGUUCGAAUGCUGCUGCGAAAACUACAUCUACGGAGACAUCAGAAGCUUUGGAUAAGCCCGCAAUCGAAACAUCACCCUGCAAAUACAAAGCACUCCCACCCGCGCCAACAGGCCAAUUCUCACUAUUCUUCAAAUCCGAUUUCCGAGAUCACCUCUGUCACUGCUCAGACUGCUUCCCCAAUAUCAAAAGGCACAAUCAGCUUCUUGAGGAAGAAGAAAUCUACGAGCCUGAGAUGUCGGAGAGCGGAGGUGAAGAUGCAGCUAGCACAGUUGGAAGUGGCAGUAUCUACGAUCGUGGCGAGAGCGCUCUGAAGAACGUAGAUCGCGUCAAGGCAAUCGAGGGCGUCAUGGCCUACAAUCACCUGAAAGACCAGCUAACGCCUUUCUUCAAGCAGUUUGCGGAGAGUGGGAAGGCAAUUGGUGCGGAGGAUAUCAAGGCUCACUUUGCUAAGAUGAGAGGAGAUGCGGAUGCUAUCAAGGCUGCGGGCGAGGAUGCGAAAUCUACUGAUAAUAGGAAAGAACAGAGUGGAUUUUGA